UCGCGCGCCAGUGAGCGAAUCGAUAAAUCGAAUUAAAAAAAUAAAAUGAAAUUCUUGGCGUUAUCCGUGCUGCUGCUGCUGCUGGCUGGCAGCGCCUGUUGCUUGCCACAGACCCGGGAGGGCGCCGCCUACACGAACGAGGCCAUACGGCAGGCGCAGCAGACGCUGCUCAUACCGAAGGAUGCGCAGAUCCAGAACGUGCAGGAGGGCAUCGAGCUGGGCGCCUACGAGCAGAUACCCGGCAAUCAGCGCAUCAAUCUGUUCGAUAUACUCGGGGACACGGUGCCCUCGGAGGUGAUAAACAAUCUGCAAUCGCAGGUCGAUCAAAUUGGACGCAAUUAAGUUUAGAUCAAGCGAUUUGUUAAGUUUUACAAAGCACACAAUAAGCAAAGAA